AUGACAGAAUCUGUUGAUUUCGUUAAACUGACAACGGACCCACUUGAUCUUCAAGAAAUAGUGGACUUGGUUAAGGACAAUGGCGCGGGCGCAAUUUCCACGUUUUCGGGGACAACAAGGAAUACAUUCAAUGGCAAAACUGUGGUCCAGUUGGACUACGAAGCAUAUACGCCAAUGGCAAUCAAACUGUUAUCUUCUCUCAUUGUGACUGCCCGCUCUCAAUGGCUGAUUACGAAAGCAGCCAUCUAUCACCGACUCGGCACCGUACCAGUUGGCGAAACGAGCGUCAUAGUUGCAGUCUCGACUGUCCACAGAGAGGAAUCGUUUCGCGCUGUCGAGUUUCUGGUGAACGAGCUAAAGGCCAGCGUGCCCAUAUGGAAAAAAGAGAUAUACAGCGAUGGGAGUGUUUGGAAGGAAAAUGCCGAAUCGAAAAGAUGUUGCAGAUCAUGA